AUGGGUGUGGGAGAAAUGAGUGAAGUUACCGCGACAAAGUUGGACAUGUGGGCUUCCAUGCAAAAAAGGUUGGCCGCUGAGGUGUGUGUACCCAACACCAAUGGAAUGGUGGAACUUUACGAGGAAGGUACUGAGUGUGUAAAGGCUCCACGCGACUCCUUCUUGCUUCCCCACCACCUUGUGGAAGAGUUUGCAUCUUCUGCAAUUGGACCACAACUUGAACGCGAUGAACGCCGUCGGGGAAGGCACUCCCCUCCCAUUCUCCGCCACGUCGGCGGCGUUGACAUAUCCUUUAUUCAGGGAGGUGAUACCGCAGUUGCUUGUCUUGCCGUGAUGGAGUAUCCGUCUAUGAAAGUGUGCCGUACUUUUGUUCAGCGUUGUGAGGUCAAGGAACCAUAUAUAACGUCUUACCUCGCGUUCCGGGAGGCGGGCCCACUGGUGCAGUUGAUUGAGAGCGUACGUGAUGAGUUAUUUGAAGAGGCAUGUUUCCCCCAACUUCUACUAGUUGAUGGUUGUGGCGUGCACCAUCCACUUCGAUGUGGACUUGCAAGUCACUUGGGAGUUGUAUUGGAUAUUCCCACCGUUGGAUGCGCUAAGAAGUUCCUGUCGAUAGAUGGGAUUACACGCGACUCUAUGGAUGCUCGUUUUGCAGAGGAACACACCGUAGCAUCACGUCGAUUUGAAGGUACAUACCUUUCCAGUAGCUCGGGGGUGUGCGAGGCUUGCUUCGUACCUAUAAUUGGCGAGAGUGGAAGACUUUGGGGUUAUGCGGCUACGCCCAACCGUCGAGUUAAAAACCCCAUUUUCAUUUCGCCUGGGAACCGCGUCGGAUAUGCAGAGGCCGCAGCGCUGGCUGUUUCCAUGUGCAAAUAUCGUGUUCCCGAACCCAUCCGCGCUGCCGACUUGCACUCGCGUGAGUUUAUCCGACGGAUUCAACUAAAUGAAUGCUGA